AUGGAGACGACCAGAACCGAACAUCUCUGGGUCAUUUCUGUGUUGGCCGCGGUGAUGCUCCCGUCAGUUAGCGGCAGCGCAGAGGUGGUCAAUGGGACGCUGGGCUCUAACAUCACGCUCGAGUUCAGAUUCGACAGCAGCCGCGCUCACACGCUCCACCACGUCGGCCUGUACUACGGAGUCAACCAGAAGAAGGCGGAAUGUAAGGCCUCCUCCUGCCCCAGCGCCUUCGAGGUCAAAGAAGCCAGUGCCACUGUGCAGUAUCACCUGUCUAACCUGAGCCAGGGGGACAGUCAGGAGUACUACGCUGUGCUGUUAACAGGAGAGGUCCCAAUUCCCGAGAGUAACAGAGUCCACCUGAAUGUGAUGAAGGAGAGCAGGAGAACAGCGACCCCCUCAGCCCCUCCUCGGUCCUCGUCUCCCCCUCCUCUCUCGGUGGACAGGGGCUCGUCCCGGACCCUGUCUCCCUCUGUCCUCAUUGGGGCUGUGCUGGGUCCUCUGCUGCUGCUGGCUGUGGCUCUGAUCACUGGGUCCUGGUGCCUCCUCAGGACCAAAGAACCAAAAGGACAGACUGAGGCCAGCUCAAUCCCCACAGUACAUGACAGAGUCGCGUCUGCCAGUGGUCCUCCUGGCUCCUCUCGGGUCGGCCCAUGUGAGAAACCUGGUUCCUCUGAUUAUUCCCUGGUCUACAGCGUCCUGGACUUCCCCAAAAGACCUGCUCCAGUCCUGGAUCUGAGCAGUGACACACAGUAUGCCACCAUCAGCUACCUGCCCCGGGAGAACCAAGUCUGA